UAAAUCGAUGCUAACCAUUUGAAGAGGAAACAUCAUGUUUUUCACAAUUGUUAUAGGAAGUAUUCUCUUCGUAAUUACUUUAAGGAAUAUAGAAUGGUUUAUAAGAUCAUUUUAUAUUGGUGAUUUUAAAGACAAGUAUGUUUUGAUAACCGGAUGUGAUACUGGUUUUGGAAAUCUUCUUGCUAAGCGUUUGGACGGCAAAGGAAUGCGCGUUAUUGCUGCAUGCCUUACGGAGAAGGGUGCUAAUGAUCUAGCUGAUUCCUGUUCACAGAAAUUAACAACGUAUGUUAUGAAUGUUGCUAACGAAGAUGAAAUUGAUAGUCUUAAAGAAAUGGUAGCGAAAAAAGUUGGUAAUAAAGGUUUACAUGCCUUGGUAAAUAAUGCUGGAAUUGGUAGAAUGGGAAGUGGUUCUCUUGAAACUUAUAAAAUGAAAUGUUUAUUAGAAAUGUUAAAAAUAAAUACAAUUGCACCAGCAGGACUCUGUUUCAAAUUUCUGGACUUGUUAAAUAUGGGAAAUGGUAGAAUUAUUAAUAUGGCAUCAAUGGCUGGAAGAAUUCAAGUUGCAAAUUUACUUUAUGGAAUAACCAAGAAUGGUAUUGAAGGUCUUUCUAGUAUUUUAGGAUUUUUAUUAAAGAAAUACGGUUGGAAUGUAUCUGUUCAUACCAUUGAGCCAGGAAGAUAUUUAACACCUUUACACAAUGAAAAUGUAAUUCGACAGGAAAUAACAGAAAGUUAUGAAAGAGCAUCAAACUGGACAAAGAACAAGUACUCAACGAAAGAGAAUUAUGUUGCAGAAUUUUUGAAACCAUACGAUGAUUUCUGGGUAAGUGCAUCUAAUAAAAUCUACGAAGUUGUUGAUGCCUACGAACACGCAAUUCUUUCAAUUUGGCCUAAAAAUCGCUAUGCAGUUGGUUUUACUGCCAGGUAUUUAAUGAUUCCGCUAUGCUAUAUUCCAACUACCAUUUCGGACUAUAUAUAUCUAGCACUUGAAUAAUAUCAUUUAAAUAUUGUUAAAAAGAGAAACAAAUAUUUAAUUUGUAUGAUAAAAAUGCAAACAAAAAUUUAUUUUUAUACCCAAAUAAAAGCAUAA